AUGCCAGAAAUAACUAUUACCGUUAAAAGUUCUAACGAUCAAAAGUAUAACGUAAAGAUAGACACUUCUAAAACGGUUUUAGAAUUCAAACAGGCAAUUGCUGAAAAAUGUGAUACUGCAGCAGAUAGACAAAGGUUAAUAUACUCUGGUAAAGUUUUAAAAGACGUUGAUACACUUGAAACUUAUAAAAUCGCAGACGGUCACACUGUUCAUAUGGUGAGGGGAUCUACACCAGCCGCCGCUGAUGGAUCUACACCAGCCGCGAAGCCUCAACGAGACACAACUACUCAGACUCCUCAAGCCACACCAACCCCCGUUCCUUCUACAAACAAUACACCACCAAACCUAUUUGGAGGGUUAGGUGGAUUUCCUAGUAAUACAUACGGCGGAGGAAAUGUAGAUACAUUACAUUCAUUACUUAACAAUCCUACGACCAUGCAGUACAUGUCGCAAAUGUUGCAAGACCCUCGAUUCGUUGAUAAUGUGAUUGCUAUGAAUCCACAAUUUGCAUCAAUGGCACCACAAUUGAGACAAAUGAUGCAAGACCCAGAAUUUCAAGCACUCAUGUCAAAUCCUGAGGCACUUAGGAACAUGGCGGCUUUAUCUUCGUAUAUGGGGGGAGCUCCAGGACCUUUUACUGGAGGUAGUGGUUUAUCCGGAUUUGGUGGAUUGGCACCUAAUACAUCAACACCUGCAAUUAAUCCUUUUAGCUUCCUUAAUCCUGCCUUUGCUGCAGGUAACCCAAAUUCUACUCAACCUUCAAUGCCUGCUGGAUUUGAUCAAUCAUUUUUGUGGGGCCUCAACCCUCCAUCUACGCCACAACAACCUCCGGAAGAAAGAUUUCAGACGCAACUUCAACAAUUGAAUGAAAUGGGAUUUUGGGAUGCACAGAAAAAUAUCAGGGCAUUGCUGGCUAGUGGAGGAAAUGUCAACGCAGCUAUUGAAAUGUUAUUGUCUGGUAACAUUUAA